AUGAAGACUCGCCUGACGACGCUUACAUGGCGUGGAUCCGCAUCGGUCGAUCCACGGUUUUCGGCCGCAAUGCUACCGUGGUCCAUUGCCGACAUUAGAAACCACGAAAGUUAUGUAACGCUAUCGGUCGGCGUGGAGGAUGGCGUGCUGGCAGCAUACAACACGGACUUUGAGCUACAGUUCGAGCACAAGCUGAAAUACAUUCUCGGCUACUGCAGAGUGAUCGUGAAGCAGGAGAAGGGCAAAAAGAAUGCCGACUUUCUUAUACCGAAGGCGGCCAGCACACGACCACAGCCGAUUACGGUCGGCAACGACAAUGUGGCGGAAAUCUUUGGGCCCGAGUUUGGGCUGGUGUAUCUGCUGAAAAAUCCCCAGGAUCCGCUGCUACACAUACACUUUUACGAGUGCGAAAAGUAUGACCAGAUGGCCGAACUGAUACAGCAGAUGCGUGAUCCGGCCACGAUCGGGGGUGGCUCGGUCGGCAGCAUACCGCAGAGCAUCGUGUCCUCCAGUGCGAACCCAAACGACCUCCAGAAGGCGCUCCGCAACCAGGGCAUCCAUUCGACGCCGGCCUCCAAUCUGAAGCUUUCGGAACAGAUGCGUCACGCACAGCACGACAGCAGCCCCACGUUGGCGUACCAUCCGCCAUCGCAGCAGCCGCACCCGCACCAGAACGGUGGCCCGAACCGGUUGGCCACAUCGAAGAGCUACUCCGGCGGGUUAAACCAUUCGACCGGCGGUGUGAACGGUCCGACCAGCAGCAGCAGCAUCUCGUCCAGCCUCUCCUCACUGCCGGACAUAUCGGCGAACAACUCGCAGUUCUUCGAGGUGCUGUACGUCGGCAAGAUCAAGGUGUCGCACAAGCGUGUACCGUGCACCUUCAUCGAUGAUGCGCUGCCCAAGUUCAAGGCGUACGAUGCGGAGAAGCUGCGCCAGCAGCAGGAAGCCACACGGAAGCAAAGCACACCCGUCGCUGGGGAAUCGACUGCCGGCACGGAGGGGGAAACGCGGCGCAGCGAGUCCGAUGAUAGAGGCGCGGAGUCCACGCCGCCCGCACCGGACGAUCCACCCGAAGUCUUCCAGGGUCGUCGGGUCAGCACGUUCGAUAUACCUACGAGGAAACUCGAGAAUGGUACCGUGGGAGAAGACAAUGCGUUCGGCCGCGGUAAAGAACAGCCCAAGGUAGAGGACACCUGCACCGCCAGGGUGCAGCAACAGAAGGAACAAGUGCAGGAGCAUCCGCCACAGGCAACAGCUGCUGCAGCAACAUCCAACACAGAGCGUGUGUCCAGUAAAGAGACAAAGUCACCAACGGUCCAAGAUGAGGAGGCCCCGGUACGACGUGAUCGUUCAGCUUCCAUCGGUUCGAUACCGGUGGUGGAACAGAACCGUACGAUGGUGUUCCUGAUCGGGCAAACCGAUCUGCGCCUGAUCAGCCCCGAUCGCAAGCAGGUACUGCUGCACAAAGCGUUCCGCGAUGUGGCCAGCUGCGUGCACGGGCACAAAAAUGCCGACCACUUCGGCAUUAUCUGCCGGGAUGUCAACAACGACGGUUACAUCGGGUACGUGUUCAAGUGUCAGUCGGAACAGGUCGCCGCCGACAUCGUGCUGGCCAUCUCGCUCGCCUUCACGGCCUGCUCCGAGCAGAAGCAGAAGGACAAGGCAGCGGCACAGAUAUUCUCCUGCGAGCACUGCCCGAUGCUGUGGUACCACAAGCUGUGCACCGAUACCGAGGGCCAUAGCGACAAGAAGACGCAGUACAUGAUCUUCAAGCGCAUCGACACAACGCUCACCGAGGACGAGCAGCGUCUGCUGAUGGAGAAGUACCACGGGGCGGAGGAGGCGGCCGGCAGCAGCUUGGGGGAGCAGAAUCAAUUUCUGAUGAUGCUGUUGCGGGCCCACUGCGAGUCGAAGCAGCAGCGGCACGUGCACGAUACGGUCGAACACAGGACCGAGUUCUUGAAUCAGUAUCUUGGUGGCAGCGGUAUCUUCAUGAAGGCGAAACGGUCGCUUACCAGCUCGUUUGACCAUCUGCUGAAAAGGCGUACCAGCAGGGACGAUUUCGUGGCGGGAAGCCUGAAGGAUUCGAGCUCAACCGGUGAGCUGAAGGAGGGCGGCUUCGAACCGGUUACACGCGCACGGGCCUCGACGAUCGGGUCUAGCCCGUCAAUGGGACGCAAGAAUUCCGACCUCGGCAAUGGGACCACGCCACAGCUGAAGUCACCCAUGAUGGAUAUCUUCAUCAAGGUGGGCAACAACCCGAGAGACCACAGCCACGCCGGGUCUUGGAGGCAGGCGAUGCUGCAUCGUGUGGUGACCCCGUCGAAGAACAUGAAAAGCGGCCCCGAGGAAUACAUGUCACCGUUGCGUGCUACCGGCACGCCGGCCAAAAAGCGUACCCGGGAGGAGCUGCGGGAGCUGUGGCGCGUCGGCAUCAAGCAAACGAUCAUCCUGAACCGCAUGGAUAAGGAGAAUGCCCAUCUGCAGGCGCGCCAGAACGAGAUCAAAUCGAACGAGAUACGCCGCGUCAAGCUGGAGUACGAUGAGAUCACGGUUUGCGACAAGCGGUCGGCCGAGCAGUGGGACGCACUGCUGGAUAACUGCGCGCCGGGUGCCGCCCCAGCCAACCAGGCGCUGCUGUACCAGACGAUGAGAAAUGGUGUGCCACGGUCGCGGCGCGGUGAAAUCUGGAUGUAUCUGGCAGAGCAGUACGCGUACCAUCAUCCCGAACCGAUCGACACAACCAACUUCCCGAACUUCAACACACCGUACCAUGUGCUGCUGAAGAACUUGACCGAACACCAGCACGCCAUCUUCAUUGAUUUAGGUCGUACAUUCCCGGAUCACAAGUACUACAAGGACGCACUCGGGGUUGGGCAACUCUCGCUGUUUAAUCUGCUGAAGGCAUACUCCAUUCUCGAUCCGGAGCUGGGUUACUGUCAAGGGUUAGGAUUUAUCUGCGCCGUUUUGUUGCUGCACCUCGAAGAAGCCGACGCGUUCGAGCUGCUCAAGCAUCUGAUGUUCCGGCGGGAAAUGCGCGCCAAGUAUCUGCCGGACAUGAAGCAGUUUCAGCUGCAGCUGUACCAACUGUCCCGGCUGCUCAAAGACCACAUACCGGAGCUGUACGACUGGUUCGAUCAGCAUGACAUUUCGCAAACCCUGUACGCCGCCCCCUGGAUACUGACCGUGUUCAGCUCCCACUUUCCGCUCGGUUUCGUCGUGCGCGUGUUCGAUCUGCUGUUUCUCGAAUCGUUCGACGUGUUCUUCCGGUGUGCGAUCGCACUGCUGGAGGCCCACAAGGAGCCGCUGAUGCAGCGUGACAACUUCGAGGACAUCAUGAGCUACCUGAAGAACAUCAUACCCAAGAUCGAUGCCGAUGUGAUGGAGAAGGUUUUUCGGGAUGUGUUCCGGUGCGAUUUCUCGCGUCAGCUGAUCGAAUACCAGGUCGAAUAUAAUGUGCUGCAGGAAGAGAUGUCGUCCCAGAACUACUACCGGGAGAGCCACAACCGGUUGAAGGAGGAACACCAGCAGCUCAACACGCAGCUCCAGUUCACACAGUCCAGCUUGAUGCAGCUGGAAAGCACGCGCCUACUGCACCAGGAACAGAUCCACUCGCUACAGACGCAGGUGCAAACGCUCGAAAACACCGUCCACACGCUCGUUAGGUUCAUCGAGCAAACGGUUGACACACGUGCGGACUUUGUGCUGCCGAACGACGUCUGUCGCAUUAUCCAGCAGGUCCAGGAACUCCAGCAGCAGCAGCUGCAGCAACAGCAAAAGAAACGCUCACCGAUAUUCGUCGACCGGAAGAUUGGCAAAUCGAUCUCGUUCAACAGCAACCUGGGCCUGGCGCUGAACGUGCUGGAGGAAGCGAACGAACCGGACGGCCCCGGCACGCCGACGAAGAAAAGGCAUCCCUACUUUCAGCACUCGUUCAACCAGAUGCGCCAGCAGCGAGACAGUCUGUGGCUGCACAAGCUCGACGAAUGUAACAGCACCAGCCCAGAGCAUGGUGCGGGCAACGGUACGGCCAGCACAUCCCAGUCCUCUGCCAGCAUCAAGGCACUGUCCGGCAACAGCGAUGACAGCGGUAUAGCGACCCCGAUAAGCCCCCAGCUGCAUGCACCGUCGACCACCCCGAUGGUGGCGGAAAGUCGACCGCUGGUCCCGUUCGAAAACCAUCCGCUCAGCAGCUGUGGCGAUGUGGCGGUACAGUACAACGGCACAACGCAGCUAAAGUCGCUGAAACCACGCGCGCAAUCACGCCACGGUUCCGUCUCGUCGAUCGUCAGCGAAGCGGGCAACGAACCGCGGCCCCAGGUCGCGACGGACCGAAGUUAA